AAGAAAGAAAGGAAAGAAAAAAAAAAUCAAGAUGCAGAUAUUUGUGAAAACUUUGACAGGGAAAACCAUCACACUUGAGGUUGAGUCCAGUGACACCAUCGACAAUGUCAAGGCCAAAAUUCAAGACAAGGAAGGUAUUCCACCAGACCAGCAGCGUUUGAUCUUUGCCGGAAAGCAACUUGAGGAUGGCCGUACUCUUGCUGACUACAACAUCCAGAAAGAAUCGACACUUCACUUGGUGUUGAGGCUGAGGGGGGGAAAGGGAGGAUUGCAAAAUUAUAAAAAUACCCCCUCUACUUUGCUGGACUUGGCUAAGAAGAGGUACCAGAACACAGCCGUUUGUCGCACGUGCUAUGCACGUCUUCCCCCAAGGGCUGUGAACUGCAGGAAGAAGAAGUGUGGCCACAGCAAUUAACUGAGGAAAAAGCAUGUUUUGGACUCUUAUGGUGAUGUUAAAGGCUGAAGACUAUGUUUGUUCACAGCUGAGGAAGACUAUGUUUAUUUUGCUUGUUGAAAAAGGCAUUUGUCUGCUUAAUCUUAGAACAGAUGCAUCGUUUUUUAUGUCAUGUUUUGCUGUUAAGUACCUAUUUCCAGUAAACUUACCGGAUCUUUUGUUUAAUUCAAGAAUCGCUGUUGGUCUGAAA